UCUGAUUCACCAUGUCUGGCCGUGGCAAGGGAGGCAAGGGUCUUGGUAAGGGAGGUGCUAAGCGGCACCGGAAGGUGUUGCGGGAUAACAUCCAGGGGAUUACUAAGCCUGCUAUCCGGCGCCUAGCUCGGCGCGGUGGUGUUAAACGGAUCUCUGGUCUCAUCUACGAAGAGACCCGUGGCGUUCUCAAAGUCUUCUUGGAGAACGUGAUCCGAGACGCUGUCACCUACACGGAGCACGCCAAGAGGAAGACCGUCACCGCCAUGGACGUCGUAUACGCUCUUAAACGCCAAGGCCGAACUCUGUACGGCUUUGGCGGUUAGGCCGCUGGCUUGGUCCCUGUGAUUGCCGUCCCUCCUGCACCCACAACAAAAGGCCCUUUUUAGGGCCGCCCACCUUGUCACUAAAAGAGUUGUGUACGUAGACUGGCUUCUCGUCUCGGGAAGUCAUCUUUAAGGGUUCCCGCAACUUCGGUUGAGAGGGUUGAAAAUGUCGCUCUUAAGUUUUUUCGGAGAGAAAUUGUGCUGGGCCGUUCUUUGUCAAUUUCUGUUUACACCCUGCUAAGUUCUAAAACGUGCGGGUUGUAGCAGCAAUUCCUGCUCACAAGCACUUGUACACGACCUAAACCUACCGCUAAGAAACAACUGAACCGGGUUCUGUGUCCCACGGGCAAACAGGCCCCAUGUGGAGGUGGGGCUCUAGCGGGAAAGCUACUAUGGGAAUAGACGUAGCUCUACUAGGCAUGCGCCAAGUAAGGUAGCGGGACAUAAACCAAGCGCUGCGUUUAGAAUCGGUUUACUUACUAUUCCUGUCCUGCCUCUGCUGCUUUUCCCUGGUUGACCUUGGGGAGAGUCGAGCCACUUUGUACAUCUCGUCUUCACGUUUAGGUGACUUUUACUAUGGUCUCCCUUCCCCACGCAAAUCUUAGAACACAAUUAUGUAUCUCUUAUACUUAGAAGGAAAGAAUGGAUGUAGGUCUUUCAGAGACAGAACCCGCCUCACUGGGCACUGG